GAGCUCAGUGGGUUGGCAGCACUGUAUGGAUGACAAAGUUGUUAUUUAUUCGUGGAGAGCGUUGUGGGUAUAUCAUAGAGAAAUUAAGGAUUUUUUUGUCUAUUGGGAACAUUAUCUUUUUAGUCGGGGAAAACAGACAAGCUUCAUGCUAUCGUGCACAGUAGAGAUAAUACAAAACAUACACAAACAAAUUGAGAAUUUACAAAGUGUUGAAGUCAGAAAUGGAAACAUACUCAAAAAUUUUCCUUGAUGAAAAUAAUCAUCACAGAGUAAAGAUCGAAAUGGGAGAAGCUGAUGAUAGCUAUGAAAAAGGAAACUCAUUUGACUUGGGUUUUCAGUACACAAUUGAGGAUAAAAAGAAUGAAAUCAUGGAUAUUGUUCAGCAUUACACUGAUGAGAAUGGAAUGAGAUCGUCUCUUGAAUAUGAAAGAGGACAGUUUGCUUUCAACCAGAAAAGCAAUGUCAAUGGGCAUAUAGAUGCUGUCCAUUUGAAUAAAAGUGAACAUAAAUGUCACUUAUGUGAGUUUGCAGCCGAUCAGAAAAAUAACCUCAAAAUGCAUAUAGAUUCUGUCCAUUUGAACAUAAAAGAAUUUAAAUGUCACUUAUGUGAGUAUGCUGCAAGCAAGAAACAAACCCUUCAAAGUCAUAUAGAUUCUGUCCAUUUGAAUAAAAAAGAACAUAAAUUUCACUUAUGUGAGUUUGAAACCUAUUGGAAAAAUCACAUCGAAAAGCAUAUAGAUUCUGUCCAUUUGAAUAAAAGAGAACAUAAAUGUCACUUAUGUGAUUAUGCAGCCAACCUGAAGAUUAACCUCAAAAGGCAUAUAGAUUCUGUCCAUUUGAAUAAAAAAGAACAUAAAUGUCACUUAUGUGAGUUUGCAACCAGUCGGAAAAAUGAACUCAAAAUGCAUAUAGAUUCUGUCCAUUUGAAUAAAAGAGAACAUAAAUGUCACUUAUGUGAUUAUGCAGCCAACCUGAAGAUUAACCUCAAAAGUCAUAUAGAUUCUGUCCAUUUGAAUAAAAAAGAACAUAAAUGUCACUUAUGUGAGUUUGCAACCAGUCGGAAAAAUGAACUCAAAAUGCAUAUAGAUUCUGCCCAUUUGAACAUAAAGGAAUUUAAAUGUCACUUAUGUGAGUAUGCUACAAGCAAGAAACAAACCCUUCAAAAUCAUAUAGAUGCAGUCCAUUUAAAGAAAAGAGAACAUAGAUGUCACUUAUGUGAGUAUGCUGCAAGCAAGAAAAAAACCCUUCAAAGUCAUAUAGAUUCUGUCCAUUUGAAUAAAAAAGAACAUAAAUGUCACUUAUGUGAGUUUGAAACCUAUCGGAAAUAUGACAUCAAAAAGCAUAUAGAUUCUGUCCAUUUAAAUAAAAAAGAACAUAAAUGUCACUUAUGUGAGUUUGCAGCCAACCAGAAGGUUAACCUCAAAAGUCAUAUAGAUUCUGUCCAUUUGAAUAAAAAAGAACAUAAAUGUCACUUAUGUGAGUUUGAAACCUAUCGGAAAUAUGACAUCAAAAAGCAUAUAGAUUCUGUCCAUUUAAAUAAAUAAGAACAUAAAUGUCACUUAUGUGAUUAUGCAGCCAACCAGAAGGUUAACCUCAAAAGUCAUAUAGAUUCUGUCCAUUUGAAUAAAAAAGAACAUAAAUGUCACUUAUGUGAGUUUGAAACCUAUCGGAAAUAUGACAUCAAAAAGCAUAUAGAUUCUGUCCAUUUAAAUAAAAAAGAACAUAAAUGUCACUUAUGUGAGUUUGCAGCCAAUCAGAAACAUGACCUCAAAAAGCAUAUAGAUUCUGUCCAUUUGAAUAAAAAAGAUCAUAAAUGUCACUUAUGUGAGUUUGCAGCUGAUCAGAAAUAUAACCUCAAAAUGCAUAUAGAUUCUGUCCAUUUGAACAUAAGAGAAUUCAAAUGUCACUUAUGUGAGUAUGCUGCAAGCAAGAAAAAAUCCCUUCAGAGUCAUAUAGAUUCUGUCCAUUUGAAUAAAAAAGAACAUAAAUGUCACUUAUGUGAGUUUGCAGCCAAUCUGAAAAGUGUCCUCAAAAGGCAUAUAGAUUCUGUCCAUUUGAAUAAAAAACAUAAAUGUCACUUAUGUGAUUAUGCAGCCACCCGGAAAGAUUAUCUUAAAACUCAUAUAGAUUCUGUCCAUUUGAAUAAAAAAGAACAUAAAUGUCACUUAUGUGCGUUUGCAGCCAAUCAGAAACGUGACCUCAAAAAGCAUAUAGAUUCUGUCCAUUUGAAUUAAAAAGAACAUAAAUGUCACUUACAUGAGUAUGCAGCCAAUCAGAAAAAUAACCUCAAAAAGCAUAGAGAAAUGACCUCCAAAAGCAUAUAGAUUCUGUCCAUUUGAACAUAAAAAAAUUACUUAUGACGAUGUCGUCAGAUGGAACCAGCAUGUGGACAGAAUGAGCCUAGACAGAAUGGCAAAGAUCACCAGGGACAACAAACCCCUCAGAUGAAGACCCAUUAGAUGACCACCAAAGCAAUGGUGAGAUAGCUGGCAAUCCACGUCACAGGAAACGUAGACCAGAGAAAGCAGGCCAACCAAAGUUUUGAAGAAAGGAGCCAUACAAUUAUGGUAUUGGGAAAUGUGUUACUAAAAUAAUAAUGAUAAUAAUGAAUA